AUGGAGUAUCACCAUGCCUCAGAGAUGAACGGAGGCGUAGCUGAUUACCUGAUCAUCGAGUCUAAACGUAAUUGUACAUGCAAACAGGAAAAGGAAUCCAAGGAGGCUGCUGAUUCCAAAAAGCUGGCUCUCAUUGAGAACGCUUACAGUACCAUACUGACUGGGCUCGGAGAAGAUGUGGACCGGGAGGGACUUCUACGGACACCACUGCGUGCUGCCAAAGCCAUGCAGUUCCUCACCAAAGGCUACAAGGAAACCACACAAGACAUUUUGAAUGAUGCAAUCUUUGAUGAAAACCACGAAGAAAUGGUGAUCGUCAAGGAUAUCGAGCUGUUUUCUCUCUGUGAACAUCACCUGGUGCCCUUCUUUGGCAAGGCUCACAUAGCAUACCUACCAAACAAGAAAGUGGUUGGUCUGAGCAAGCUUGCAAGAAUUGUUGAGAUCUACAGCAGGAGGCUUCAAGUUCAGGAGCGUCUGACCAAACAGAUUGCUUCAGCCAUCUAUGAGGCUUUGGAGCCUGCUGGAGUUGCAGUUGUGAUUGAGGCUGUACACAUGUGCAUGGUGAUGAGAGGUGUGCAGAAGAUGAACGCCAGUACUGUUACAAGUGUCAUGCUGGGAAGAUUUCAGGAUGAUACCAAGGCCAGGAAGGAGUUCCUUGCUCUCACACUGAAGAAGUAAAACAUUUUUACCUCAACACUCUGUUACAGAGGGAAUUGUACAGUGUUUUAACACCAAUGUAUUCUUUUUUAAUUUAAAUUUGACAUAUAUAUGUAUAUAUAUUCUGUCUGUAUUUUAUCAAGUAAAUUGUUGAUUGUCAAAUUCAUGUCAUGUGUAUAGAUUGAAAUAUCACAUGAAAGAAAUGUCCUACUAAAAAACACUGCCAUGUAAAAUUAUUCAUUGUCUAAUUGAUUAAAUUAUUAUAAG